AUGGAGUUGCUACAGGGCUUUAUGCAGCCACCGAAGGCUCAGUCUGUAGAUGAGACAAUUCCGACCUUAUGCGAUAGGGUAGAGAACGCUACUUUGAUUGGCGACAGAAGAUCUGCUAUAUUGGGUUUAAAGUCGUUCAGUCGUGAAUACAGGGAGACAGUAGUUGCUCUGGGGUUGAAACCUUUGCUGAAUACUUUGAAAAGGGAUUUCGUGGAUGAGGCAUCCGUGAAGGCGAUCUUAGAGACGCUCUUAAUUCUAUUCAUAAGAGGUGAUGGAACAAAUGACCUAACACGAAGCUGGAUUUCGCAGCAGUCUCGUUUACAAAGCGGAAAAUAUCCUUCGCCAUUGGUUAUGAAGCAGGAGAUGGAGACAGUAGAUCAGUUUUCUCUUUGGAUCGCCGAUGCGAUCACCCAGUCUGAAGAAAUGGUGCAUCUCUUGAUUCAGCUGUUGGAGACAGGCAAUUUCCACGUUCGAUUAUACACAAUACAGAUACUGGAAGCGCUUGUGGCGACUAGGCCUUCGAGAGCGAGAACUUCUAUCACUUCUUUGCCAACAGGUGUAUCUACUUUGGUUUCAUUACUGGACGACGCUCAUGAAGCGGUUAGAGAUGAGAUCAUCUUAUUGUUGAUGGCAGUCGUGAAUAAUUCCUCGCAUGUACAGGGUCUCGUUGCUUUUGAGAAUAUAUUUGAAAGAUUAUUUUCUAUCAUUGACGAAGAAGGAGGACUUAGGGGCUCCAUUGUCGUUAAUGAUUGCCUAUCGCUAAUCCACAACAUCUUGAGAUACAAUACGUCAAAUCAAACUUUAUUUUUGGAAACUGGUAACUUGCCCAAACUUGCACAUAUCUUAAAUGAGCCACUCCAGGAGGAAUCUUUUUUUUGGAAUGAGCAAAGAAUUAUUAACAUCAAUACAGCAUUGGAUAUUGUGACUCUUACGGUUGAACCAGGUACUACCAAAACAGAAAAGCAUCAAAAUGUUUUAUUAGAAUCAAAUGUUUUGAUGAUCGUGCUUAGGUUGGUCUUUUUUCCUAAUAUUCCAAAGAAAGUAAGGCCUGUUGCUGUUCUUGCGGCUGCUGAUAUGGUGAGAGGAAAUAAAGUAUCGCAAAGAGAAUUUAGUAAGAUUGAUGUUCCCUACUUUGAUGCCUCUUUACCUGCAGAUCUCAUCAAAGCUGAUGAAAGUGAUUUAGUUCCCGUAGUUGAUCUCUUAAUAAAUUGGGCUCUAUAUGCAAAUUCCAUUCAUGCUUUCCCAACAAGAGUAUCAGCUGUUGAGUUACUUAAAUCUUAUCUCAAGGGUAAUCAGGAGCAACAGUAUAAAUUCAUACAAGAACAGAUUACUUAUUAUGAAAAGAACGGUAAUGCUGACGAAAUCGCGAAUAGACACAGUCAUUUUAAAUGUAACCUUUUCGAGGCACUAUUCGAUUACGAUCCUGAUUUAAAACUGAAUCCUUAUAAAUUGUAUUUUACGACAGAUUUAUUCAUGUAUCUAUUCGAACUAGACAAUGAAGGUAAUGAAUCGCUAAGAGAAAUGACGCGUCAUAUGAGUACGGGGAAUGAUCUUGAUGGGGAGGAACAGUUGUGCUCUAUUCAAACUCUUAGUGAGUUACUUAUUACAUCACUGUCAUCAGAUGAUGUCCGUAUACCGAUAUCCUACAUUACUAUUCUGGUGUUUUGGUUGUAUGGAGAUCAGAAUGCGGUUAAUGAUUUCCUUUCAAGUAAGGCGACGAUCCAAUCAUUACUUUCUUUUUCCUAUCAGAUUGAGAGUGAGCAUGAUAUGACUGUAAAGUGUUUAGUCACCAUCUUACUGGGUGUCUCGUAUGAAUUUUCAUCGAAAGAUUCGCCAUUUCCAAGAAAAGACUAUCUAGAAUUCAUUACUAAGACGUUAGGAAAGGAUAAUUAUUUGUCUCGAAUCAAGCAAUUCAAAGCAGAGUCAUUGUUUUGUAAGGCUGAUGCACAGGCGAAUAUCUUAGACCCUAGCUUCGAUGAAAGUGGCCUACCUGAAGUUUAUUUUAGCUCCACUUUUGUCUCGUUCUUUCUCGAUAACUACUACCGCAUCAAAGCUGCAUUAACACAUAGCCCUGAUGAAGAGCCAUGUUCCAAAAUUACAUUCGAAAUUUUUGAAGAAGUACAGACUCGAUGUUUAAGUCUGAAGGAAGAGCUAAAAGUUCUCAGAUUAACAAGUCAAAAAAGUUCCGAUUCUGUUGAGGAGCAACUGAGCAGCUUGAAUGAGAAAUAUGAUUCUGUUCUGCAAGAAUAUGAAUCUUUCAAAACGAAACACUCCUCUUUGGAAAAUCAAUUUCAGGCGGCAACCAAAGAACUUGACAAUUCAAAAGCUUUGAUUAAAACGAUUACCGAAGAGAGAAAUCGACUCUAUGAAUCUAAAGAAGCAUCUUUUAAAGAUUGCGAGGAAAAAUCAGAUGAGCUCACAAAAAUUAAACUCACACUGGAGACCCUAGAAAGAGAACUAAAGGGUAUGAGAAGCGAAAAGGAAAAGGCAGAAAAUGGUAUAAACAAAAUGAACCGGGAACUCCUUUUACUUACGAAAGAUAAUGAAGAAUUGCAAAAUCGAAAUAAACAACUUGAGAAGGAAACAGGAAAACAGAUAUAUGAUCUGCAGAAAAAGGGAAAGCAGUUAGAGAGUGUUUUAUCCAAAAAAGAUGAUUCCUUCAAAACUGUGUGUGCUGAGCUAGAGCAAACUAGAGAAUUGCUCAAGGAAACAAAAGAACAACUAGUGGCAGAAACUAAUGAGUGGAAGGCAAAGUUUCAAAGUCAUGAUUCACUUGUUUCGAAAUUAACAGAAAAAUUAAAAAGUCUGGCAAGCAGCUACAGGGAUAUGCAGACUGAUCGCGAUGAUCUCCAAAAUCAGUUGUCCGCAAUAAGUUCAAGGAACGAGGAACAGAUGGUCAAACUUAAGGGUUCGCUUGAUAAUAGCAUGCUGAAAACCGAGGAACUUGCAUCUCAGAACAAGCAAUUAAAUACUGAUCUUCAGGGUUUGAAAGAUACCCAUAGCCAAGAAGUUAAUAGCUAUAGCAAGAAGCUCUCAUCUGUUUUAAAAGAAAUGGAGAUACUCAAAGAGAAUAUCCAUACUUUAGAGGUUCAGCUGGAUGCAAAACAAGUCGAAGGAGUAAAUAAUGAUGCCACCAACCGUAAAUUAGAAGAGACCUGUGCAGGCAUGGAAAAGCGUAUUCAAAACUAUGAAAGAUUGAUCCCUCCGCUAGAAUCGCGUUGCAAAGAAUUGGAGAAAGAACUGCAGGAUUCACAACUUAUGUCAUCUUCUCUUCAAAAGGAAAAAUUUUUAAUGCAGAGCCACUUAGAUGAGCUAUCGAAUGCUUAUAAAACUUCAGUUGAGAAGAUAAAAAAUCUUGAAAAGGAACUUGCUCAGAACGCUACAUCUCAUGAAGAAACCGUAGAGGGAUUAAAUAAUACUAUCAAUGAGUUACAUGGAGAAGCUUCUAAACUGAAUGUUAAAUGGGCUAGUAUGGAAGAAAAAAUGGCUGCAGCUGAGAAUAAUGUUUCGCAAAGGACUGAAAGCGAGCUAGAAAGGCUCAGAACAAGCAAACAAGAUAUUGAAGAGAGCUGCAGCGUCAAGGACCAUGAAAUCUUGAAUUUGAAAUCUGAAUCUAAAAAUUUGGAAACGAAAGUGGAUUCUAUCUUGGAUGAUUUGAAACGUGAACAAUCCAUCAAGGAUCAACUGCAGCACCAGCUUGAAAUCUUGAAAGAAUCCAAAGCGGAAGUCGAAGCUGAAAAAAAAGCAUUAAUUGACGAAAAUGAACGCUCACAAAGGCUUCUCAACAACAAAGAAGAACAACUCAAGGAGUCCAGUGAGUCCUUCACAUCCGACUUGCAAAAGAUGAAAGAAAAGCUCAAUUCAAAAACAAAGGACAUGGAAGGUGAGAUUGAGCAUCUGCGGUCGGAAUUGAAAAACAGAAGCCUCGAAAUUGAAAAAGAGAGGAAUCUUUUGAAGCAGGGAUCAGAUUUGGUUACUCAGGGAUUAUCUGAUAAAGUUGGGAAACUUGAGGAGAUGCUGAAUUCUGAAGAGCAAAAAAUGCGCAAAAAAUCGAAAGAACUUGAUGUAGCCAAGAGCCUUGUCGAGAAGCUUAAGUCCGAGAAUAAAAAGCUAUCAGUUAGCAGUAAAACAAACAUUGACAACUUGCAAAGCUCGUACGAGAACAAAGAGAAAGACUUCUUGAAAGUCACGGAGGAAUUACAAAAACUCAGAGUUUAUGAGGAUGAUAAAGCGUGUGCAUUACAAACUCAAAUAAGUGUGCUUAAUCAAACUAUCAAUGAAAAUUCCGAGAAAGAGAAAUCGCUUAAAGCACAAAUUGCUCAAAAUGAACAAUUGAUAAAUGUUUCUAAAAAUGACGCAGCUUCUUUAAAUGUGCAGAUGAAGCUUAAUGAAGCAGAACUGAAAACCCUCAAAGAGAAGAGCAGUGCAGCAGAGAUGCACAUUAAGACGCUCACGGCAGAAAAGGAAGAGCUGAAUGAAAAGUUCAAAAAAGAAACUGACAAGCUAAUGGAUAAUAACGGAAUUCUUGAAUGGAAGCUUCAGGGACUUAUGGAAAAGAUUAAAUAUUACAAUACUGCGUUUCGAGAAAGACAAAGCUUCAAAGAUCAUGUGGACAUCAAGGAUCAAGAUUUAACAGCUAGUCAUGCUCUUGGGAAUGGAGAUGAAACACCGGCUCAAGCUGAUCAUUUUGGAUUGAAUAAUGACAUAUUGGAGGAUGAAGUGCAGUACAUGGCAAGACAGCUCGAUCAUUGGAGGACUGUGAUAGAGGAAAAAAAUGUCGCUUUGAAAGUGAGCGAGAAUUUGAACGAGAGCUUAAGUGAUGUGGCAGAUGCUCUGAAAAAAGAAAAUGCUUCACUGAAAGAGCAAACCCAAGAGCUCUUAAAUGUUUCGGAAAAUAAGAAUUCAAGCUCCGAAGUAGACGAUUUAAUGCUUCUAGUAACAGACCUUGAUGAAAAAAAUGCGAAGUAUCGUGCAAUGUUAAAGCAAAAUGGAGUGAAUUUUAGCUCUGACGACGAUGAAGAAGACGAAGAAGACGGAGAAGACAACGGAGAUGAUGAUGCUGAAAAUGAAGAUGAGAGUGAAGAUAAUAGUGAUAGAUAA